AUGGGAAGGACGCUUCCCACGCCAGUGGCUUGCAAGGUUUGCGGCGAUCGUUCCUACGGGAAACAUUACGGGGUCUAUUGCUGCGACGGUUGCUCGUGCUUCUUCAAACGAUCCGUGCGUCGUGGCGCCCUCUUCACCUGCAUAGCCGGCGCAGGGACGUGCGCCAUCGACAAAGCCAGACGCAACUGGUGCCCUCACUGUCGCCUAAAGAAAUGCUUCACCGUGGGCAUGAACACUGCAGCGGUGCAGGAAGAACGAGGACCACGCGUUCGAAACAGAAUCGCAGCGAUGAUCGACAGCGAUUCCAGGGUCGCGUGGGACCCGAGCAACGAUCCUGGACGAAAGUGUCUCUCGUCCGAGUCGACGACCGUGGCUCCCUCGCGCGAAUCUGAAAUAGGAUCGACGAUCUAUCGCACCGAUGGCGUCGGUACGAGCAGCUUCUUUUUCUCCUCGAUGUCGAAUCCAGCUCGAGCAUCGAGGAUCAUAGCCGCUGGGCCAACGAUGCGAUACGAGAUCGCUGCCCAGAUAUUUCUCGCGACCGUGCGUGCAGCUCGACAGCAUCGCGAGUUCUCGAUGCUCGACGUCGACGAGCAGAAUCGGAUUUUACGAAGAGGGUGGGCGGCGGCGUUCCUCCUGCGGGCCGCGAUCUGGCCGAUCGAUCUCUCGAACUUUCGAAAACGAGACGCGUCGACCGGGAACGACACCGCCACCGCUUACGGCGCCCUCGUCGCUGCACGGUCCACCAUCUUGAAACUGCGCCUCGAUCGAAUCGAGAUAUCGAUUCUGGAGACUCUGAUUCUCUGCCGACCUGAGAUCGCUGAGACGACGAAUGGCAUCCGUCUGACGUCUCAAGCAACGGACACCGCCGUGGAGACUCUGGUUCGCCAUCUGGAUGCUCGUGCCGAACGACGUUCGCCCAGAUUGGCCAGGAUCAUGCUUGUACUUCCGAUUCUGACCGCUUGCUGUCCACGGGAAUUGGCGGGAGAUCUUUUCGCGCCAAUUAUCGGGGACGUCGAUCUCGAACGAGUGAUCGCGUCCGUACGCUGA